UAGAUAGAUAGAUAUAUAUAGACAUUAAUAGAAUAGAUAGAAAUGGAGGCUCCACAGAAGAGAUGCCGUAAAUCUGUGGUGUGGGAGCAUUUCCAUUUGGAAACCCCAAAUAAAGUGAGAUGUAUGUAUUGUUAUAGGCAGCUAGCCUACUUCAACAAUACAUCAUCCAUGAUGCGCCAUUUGAGGAGCACUCAUCCUGCCAUUUUGCAGUGUGCAGAGGAUGGUAACAUUCCCCCUGUACCUAGGCCUGCUACUGACACUGCUGGGCCAUCUAAACAAGGCAGACAGAGGGAAUUGGAUGAGGCUCUUGUAGACAUGGUGGUAAAGGAUUUGCAGCCCUUCACUAUCGUGGAGGAUGAGGGUUUCAUGGCUUUUGUGAACAAACUUGAUCCAAGCUAUGUCCUCCCAUCCCGGAAGGCACUUAAAACGAUGGUAACCGAAAGGUACAACAUUUCUAAGGAGAAGACAAUGGAGGACCUAAAAAAGGCAGAUUUUGUUAGCCUUACAGCUGACAUGUGGUCCUCCAUUAAUAUGGACGGAUACCUUGGUGUUACUUGCCACUACAUAACACCAGAGGCAAAGCUGGCAACUGUUGUACUGGGUGUAAGGAGGUUUUACCAAACACACACAGCCCAGCAUCUCAUGGAGGCUAAAGCUUUGCUAAUGGCCGAGUGGGGAAUAACCACCAAAGUUCAGUGUAUGGUGACUGAUAAUGCAUCCAACAUGAUCUUAAGUGCCCAGCUACUGAACCUUCGACAUGUCCCAUGUUUUGCCCACAAUUUAAAUUUAAUUGUUAAAAAGGCCCUAGAUCAAACCCCACUCAUCAAUGAAAUACGACAGAAAGCCAGAAAGAUAGUGGGGUUAUUUAGAUCCAGCUGCAAAGCAAAGGACAAGCUUGUGGAGAUGCAGGGCUUGAUGGGCAGACCAGCUCUGAAACUGAUGCAGGAGGUGGACACAAGAUGGAACAGCACUUACGACAUGUUGCAGCGCUUGUAUGAGCAACGAGAGCCAGUGGGUGCAGCGCUAUCAAAUUUAAACAGUGAUACUGCUCCGCUGACAAGUUUUGAGUAUAACAUUAUACAAGAAUCAUUGUCACUACUGCAGCCUUUCAAACUCGCAACGACAGAGUUGUCAGAGGAACAGAGAGUGUCUGCUUCAAAGCUCAUACCACUUUACAGGAUGUUGCAGCACAAGCUAUCGCGGAAAAAAGGCCAAUCAGCACAGGAAUCAACUGCACAAUUAGUACCCCCCUCUGGUUCCUGUCUUCCCGGAAGUGCACCAGGAAGUGACCAGUUCAUAGAAGGCACCUUUAACUGCCCGAAACCGUUCUGGUACUUCCUCUGCCCUCACUGCCCUCGAUGGCGGAGCGACCAAGGGGUAGGCUGGGAUUCUCCCAGUGGAGCGCUUGUUGCGAUGCAGCCACCCCAGCCUGCUCAUCGCCGAGAGUGCCUGCCUGCAGCCUCCUCCACUCCCACUCAGCCACAGCAGCAGCCUUCACCCCUGCGAGGAGACAGCUGCAGUGGGGCAGCGCAGCCCGUCUCUGUCCCUAAACCUGCCAAACGUCAGGCCAAGCAGCGUUCUUGA